GAGCUGUGCUGGCAGCGGGGAGGCGGCGGCGGCGGCGGCGCCCAGUUCCCGGCCCGCCAUGGCGAUCCGCAAGAAGAGCAACAAGAACCCGCCGGUGCUGAGCCACGAGUUCAUCGUGCAGAACCAUGCGGACAUCGUCUCCUGCAUGGCUAUGAUCUUCCUGCUGGGGCUCAUGUUCGAGAUUACAGCAAAAGCAGCCGUCAUUUUUGUUACGCUUCAGUAUAAUGUUACCAUUCCUGCCACAGAAGAACAAUCUGCUGAAACAAUCUCUCUCUAUUACUAUGGCAUCAAAGACUUGGCUACAAUUUUCUUUUACAUGCUUGUAGCAAUAAUCAUACAUGCUAUAAUUCAGGAGUAUGUACUGGAUAAAAUUAACAGGAAAAUGCACUUUUCAAAAACAAAGCAUAGCAAGUUCAAUGAGUCUGGGCAACUCAGUGCAUUCUACCUUUUCUCCUGUGUUUGGGGAACGAGUAUUCUUGUCUCUGAGAACUAUAUAUCAGAUCCAACGUCUCUGUGGAGGGACUACCCGCACACUCUGAUUCCGUUUCAAAUGAAGUUUUUCUACAUCUUACAGUUGGCAUACUGGUUUCAUGCUUUUCCAGAACUGUACUUUCAGAAAACUAAAAAAGAAGAUAUCUUUCGCCAGAUUGUCUACAUUGGACUUUACCUCUUUCAUAUUGCUGGAGCCUAUCUCUUGAAUCUGACCCACCUUGGACUUGUUCUUCUGGUAUUGCAUUACUUCGUUGAAUUUCUUUUCCACAUAUCCCGUCUUUUCUACUUCAGUGAUGAAAAAUACCAGAAAGGAUUUUCACUGUGGGCAGUUCUUUUUGUUUUGGGAAGGCUUCUCACCUUGAUUCUCUCAGUCCUCACUUUUGGCUUUGGACUGGCAAGAGCAGAAGAUCAGCAGCUGAAUUUCAGUACUGGGAACUUUAACAUCCUGGCUGUUAGAAUCAGUGUGCUGGCCUCCAUCUGCAUGACCCAAGCAUUUAUGAUGUGGAAGUUCAUUAAUUUCCAGCUUCGGAGGUGGAGAGAGCAUUCUUCUUCUCAGCCUCAGUCAGUGAAAAAGAAGUUUGUAUCAGCUAAAGGAAAGACCUCCAGAAAAGAAAGAGAAAAUGGAAUAAAUGGAACAGUGACCUCAAACGGAGCAGACUCGCCUCGCAGCAGGAAGGAUAAAUCCUCGUAAAACUGGGUUUUAUUAAGUUAAUUGACUAAUGUCCCCAAAGAAUCUGCUUUUUACAUGGAUGGCCCUUCAGCACUAGAAAUAUUAUGGAUUAAAGAAAAUACAAUUCAUGUUUUUUGAUUAUUGCUGUUGUUUUGAGAAACUUUUUUUAAAAAAACAUUUUGACUAAGGAAAAAGUUUAUCUCUCUUCAGAUACUUGGGGGGAGGAUUCAACACUUUUUAAAACACAUUGACGCUUUUUUAAAUAUUUACUGUGAUGAAAUAACUUACUUAAUGAGGAUCACUGUUGCAGUGUAUUAUUUCCUUCCAGUUUUUGUAAUCUUGGUGAUACUGUUCUACCAACUUCACUUUUUCCAAGUUCCUCAAAAAGUAUUGCAAAAUUGAAGUAAAAACAUUGUACGCAUAUUCAGAUACUCUGGGUUUUCAGCUAAUUACCUUGACUCAAAUUUACAUUUCAAUUUGGGAUUCCAAGACCACACCAAUAGACCUCUUUAUUUGGUAGUUACUAUAGCUGCACAAUGUCUGCUCUAAGAAUUGCCCCAUAUCAUUAAAACAAAACUGAACUAAUUGGAAACGUUGCAGAGUCUUAUUGUUUGUUGGUUAGAAAUCUCUUACAAGGAGCACAACACCUUUUUGAGAUAUAGCUUUUAGCACCUGAAAAUUAGAAGGGAGUGUGUAUGGUCAUAGAGAGAGUAAUUUGAGUAGCACUGUCCACUUCUGUCUGUGCUUUUGAGGUGUAUGUAUCUUGGAGAUUUGGUGUGCAUUGGACCUUCUUUGAAAACUUGUCUGUCUGAUUUUCCAGGUGGAGGUUAUUACAAUGUGCUGUGUUUGUUUUGGGAGGCAACCAAUGCUCCAUGAAGAGGGAAUUAGAUAAAUGGAUCAAGUGAUGAGAAACAUUCCUUUAUUCUAACUGCUUUGCUUUGUUUCACCUCUGUUAGGAAAUAGUUUGAUUUCUCCUAUAUAUAUUUUUAUGAAAAAAUAUUUAAAAGCUACAGCUUCUUAAAACUGAUUUAUUGUGACCUCUGCUGCAACUGGAAAAAUCUAAAUUUAAGAAUUUUUCCAUUAUCUUUCAUAAUUGUAUUCAAUGUGAAACCUUGUCCAGUUAGUUUUCCAGUUUAUUAUGCAGAUAAUCUUUCCUCUGUACACUUUUGGAAUGGGUGCAAUUCAGCCUGUUUCACUUGGGAAUGAGUGAGACAGUUAUUGCAGUCCUAAGAAGAAGUUGCUAAAUUGGUCUAUCAAGUUAACCCAAGUAUUGAACUGCUUAUUGAUUAAGGAGUAAUUAUGAGCAAUCAAGCUGAUAAAUAAAAUAAUUGUAAUUAAAAACUGUUAUUAUAAUGGAAUCUAUACCCAACAAAAUUAUAAAUCUGCAUUCUGUAUUUUCUACAGUUCAAUUGCUUACUAUUCAGAAUAAACAUUCUAGUACAAAA